CAUUUUCGCUCGACUUUUCUCCGGUUUGCCAGCGAUAGCAGUUUAAGCAGAGGAGCUCAACAAACAAAUGACACAAAGAGAGCAAUUCUCAGCAAUAUUUCAGGCAGAUACAGUGGGGAUGUUUACAACUACCUGCUGGAGAGCACUGCGCUGGACCUAAGAUUCCAGUCUCUACCGCAGCUAGACUGCAACCAGCGUGAGGCAGUCUUUCAGAGGAUACAGAAAAGGGUGGAACAGUUGCAGCAAAACCAGCCCACAGAUGAGAAGAGUAUGGAGCACAAAGAAGAGGCAUCAGUUCAUUGUUCCACACAUGGGGGCGAGGGGGCUCUUGAAGCUGAAGGCAGAGCUGAGUCAGAAGAGGAACCUGUUUCCAAGAAGACAGCACUUCUGCUAGGGGACUCUUUCUCGAAGACAGAACAGCCCAGCAAAGGAAUUGAGAGGGAAACUGAACUUUACAGAAGAGAGGCAUCUAUCCCACUUAGUUGCUGCCCUCUAACAUGGUGGAGAGAAAACAGCUCCAAAUAUCCUUUGCUGUCUCCACUUGUCAAAGAAUAUCUUUCCAUUCCUGCGACCUCUGUUCCAAGUGAGCGUUUCUUUUCAACUGCAGGAGACAUAGUCACUGCCCAGAGGUCACAAUUGCUGCCAGAAAAUGUAGACAUGCUUAUAUUCUUAAAAAAGAACAUGACCAUAUCUUAGGCUGUUCUGUAUAGGUCAUUACCUCAUUACCUAGGUCUUAGCUCUUUUU